CGGAGUAGAAUUUUAUAUCAACCACUCUCUCACGUCCCUUCUCUCUCUCCUUCUCUAUCUAGUCGUUGCACAACUGCAGUUCAUCUCUCUGUGAAUCCCAUUCUCGUCUAAGUAUCUUCGAUCGCUUCUCUGAGUCAUCGUCAUGGAGGAAGCUAAGGCGGUGGAAGCGAAAGAUGGAACUAUUUCAGUAGCUUCUGCUUUUGCUGGUCAUCAAGAAGCGGUACAGAAUAGAGACCACAAGUUCUUGUCAAAAGCAGUAGAAGAAGCAUAUCAAGGGGUUGAAAAUGGGGAUGGCGGUCCAUUUGGUGCAGUUGUUGUUUGUAAUGAUGAGGUAGUUGCGAGCUGUCACAACAUGGUUCUGAAACACACAGACCCAACUGCACAUGCGGAGGUUACAGCCAUCAGAGAGGCAUGUAAGAAGCUCAAUCAGAUUGAGCUAUCCGACUGUGAAAUAUAUGCCUCCUGUGAGCCUUGUCCGAUGUGUUUUGGUGCCAUCCAUCUUUCAAGAAUCAAGAGGUUGGUCUAUGGAGCAAAAGCUGAAGCUGCUAUAGCUAUUGGGUUCGAUGAUUUUAUUGCGGACGCAUUAAGAGGUACCGGGUUUUAUCAGAAGUCUCACUUGGAGAUCAAAAAAGCUGAUGGAACUGGUGCUAUUAUUGCCGAACAAGUAUUUGAGAAAACAAGGGAAAAAUUUACCAUGUAUUAAGUUAUUUGUCAAGUUUAUUGGAUAUUAAUAAUUUUCCAUGCCCUUGAAUGGAUUAACAAUACAGGGGAAAAGGGCUUGCAA